UAUCUUAUCGCCUCUAAACUUUCAAAUUCCAGCAACCAUGCCCCGUUUUCCAUUGUGGCUCCUUCCCUUAACCAUCCCGAUAUUAUACCUCCUCAAGUCACGCCCACUCCCCUCUCGGGAAACAGUCAUCCCUCCAGACGAAGAACGCGUUCUGCUCCUCGGUGCAUCUUCUGGUGUCGGCAAGGAUCUUGCUUUGGCAUAUGCAAGGCGUGGUGCAAAGGUUUGCUUGGUAGCAAGGAGGGCGAAAGUUCUCGAAGAGGUUAAGAAACAAUGUGAAGAGGAGGCCGCAAAGGCUGGGAAGAAGGCGGAGUUGUUGGUCUUUAGUGGAGAUAUGACCAAGGUCGCCGAUUUGGUCAGUGCUCGAGAAAUGAUUGUAAAAGCCUGGUCUGGAGUCGACACUGUGCACAUCCUUGCUGGUCUUCCAUCAACUUCACUUCUUAUGGAUCUUGCCGGAGUUUCCCUUGACCGCUCUAGUCCUUCUACAGCCUCCCCGUCCGGCGCACCCCUCGCAUUCAGCUCUAAAGAUGAAUCAACAAGCUCAGGCCCAACCCUUGAGGGGCUGGAAAGAGUCGAGAAGGAGGCGAGGGCCGUCGCCGAAGUCAACUAUUUAGGAACUGUGCUCGCUUUAAGCUGCUUCCUUCCUUUACUUGCGUCUAGCUCUCGCUCUCCUGCUUUGCACCAUCUCUCUUCAGUAGCUGCGACUGUUCCCGCACCUCACCGAGUGAUUUACGCCGCUACGAAGUCCGCGGGUCUCAUGGCAGUAGAGAGCUGUAGAGUGGAAUGUGAGGGUUGUGGUGUUAGGUUUUUCUCUCUCUGCCCGGGAACGAUCGAUAAUGAGUUCAGGCUCAAGACUGCUGUAUCGCAGACAGGCGGUAGGGACGAAACAAAACUCCCUAUCAAACACGCUUGGGAGGGCCUGCUCUUGCAGCAGGAAGCCGUAACGAAAACCAUCCUUCACCACUUGUCAUUAUCUCCGAAACCGCAGCCUCUCAUUCCUUACCCGCCAUUCAACUUCUUCCGCGCUUUGGAUGCUCCUCCGAAGCACCUUGUGCACAUGCCACUGAUGUAUAGGUUUGCGAUGUUCGUGAGGGACACGCCUUUGGGAUGGGGCUACAUUGAGCCUGCGGCCAGAAGAAAGUACGGCUUGAUUGGGAGGGCAUAGGUCUCGCUACCGGGGUUUUUGUAGUCACAAAGGGUGAUUCAUGUAUAUAAUUUUGGUCGUUGCGGAGCUGUGGU